AUGGAUCCCUAUGCCGUGACCGCGCUGCGGUCUGUCUCCUACCGCAUCGCUUCCACGCCGACCAAGCACCUGCCGGCUAUCAUCCCUCAUGUCACCGCUGCCCUCCUGGCCUGCAGGCCCCUCCUCUCCCUUCCGCUGACCUCGUCGGCAAAGGAUGCUUCAGAGGCCGCCGUCCUGGUCCACAAGUUCAGGACCCAGAUCUCGACCCUCCUCCAGGACCGCUCCGUCGAGGGCAGAUGGGCCGGCGCCGUCCUCGUCAAGUCGGCCGUCGAGCUCGGCGGCUGGGAGACGCUCCAAAAAUGCGGGCCCUGGGUGCGAGGUCUGCUCGGCAUCCUGUCCAAGCCCGACCCUUCGACCACCAAAGUCUUCUGUAUAGUGACUCUGACUCGCAUCUUCAUGCUCACGCGUGACUACCAGACUCUUGUGAGAGAGAUCACCACGCCCUCCCUGACGCCGUUCAUCACGUCCUGCAUGAACAUCUUGACUCGCUUCAAGGAUGGGGAUGCGAGUCUGCAGCAUUUGACCGAGACAGUUCUUGAAAGCUUUUCUCGCCUCUUGCCUCGUCACCCUACUGUCUUCCGUCCUCACUUGACUAAGAUUGGCCAAUUUCUUGCUACAGUGAUUGCUCCAGCCCAAGAGAACCUGUUGACUGCAGAGGGAGACGCCGCGGCACGUCGUCUCUACACUCAGAUCCCCUGCUGUGCUGCAAAGGGGGCUUCUCAGCAGGAUUGGGAGAAGUCCUUCCAGACAGUCGUUGCAGCUUCGCACCAGACCGCUGAUAAGGUCUUCCGUGCCAUUAUCGAAGAUUGGGAAUCAGUCACCGGCGUUCAGUCAUUCAACAACAACAACGUUCGGGCCGUUGAACAGGAGGUCCAGCAAAGCGAGCCUGACCUUUGUGGAUUCCCCGCAUGGACGGGAAUAUACGCUGGUAGUCGACGUCUGAUAGGUCUGUUGGACUUGUUGACUGAACUUACCAUUGCACCGACUGCCAGCGUAGUCAGCUUCCGCAUUGCGCACGUUAUGGAUCUUCUUACUCGAAUCCUUUCACUCACAGCUCCUGCAGCAGCCAAGGGUCGAAAGCAGCAAGAAAGCGGAAUCACUUUCAAUGACCAGAUCAGCAGGGAUGAGCGCAACGACCUGUGGGUCGUCUUGCCGCACGUCCAUGUGGCAGCAAUUAGCUUGUUCGAAGCACUUGUGGAGAGGUUUGGUCAGGCACUUGCUCCGGUCAUGGAAUUCUUCCUUGAACGUCUGAGCUUCCUGUUCCAAGAGGAGUGGUCACUUGCCUCCAUCCGCACCGCUGCCUAUUCGGUGCUGACCCAACUACUGCCCAUUUUAGGACAGGCGCUGCCCACUGCACAGGUCAAGAGCCUGAAUCGCAUUAUGCACGCUUGUUGUAAUGACCUUGCUCCAAGAGAAAAAGUUGAGCCUGCAGUCCAGCCUUCCUCGACUACUGCGGCCAACGGCAAUAAGAACAAACAACCACAGGUUUCUAUGAAUGCGGAUACCUUCCUUGGCACCGCCAAACCGAAGAACGCACCUCAGUCUGCCGCCGAGGGUCUCUAUGAAUCGGCCUAUGCGCUCCUGCCGUGCUUGCUCACCUACCUCCCCGCGCAUGCCAUCGAUCAUUCUGCAAGAAAUCAUAUGGAGAGUACAGCUGUGUUGAUUCGGCAUGAGAAGGCACUCUUGGCUAGCGUGAUGAACCUUCCAUCAAGCGGCAAUACGCAGAGUUUGCUGCCUUUACUUGCGCGCAUAUUCCCAGAGUCGCCCGACGUGGAGAUGCUUCUUCGGCCACGCAUGCCGGUGAUCAAGGUUGCGGGUCGCGAAGGUCUGCCAAUGGAUGUGGAUGAAGAGGAAGAGGAGGAAGACGAAGACGAGGGGGAAAAUGAGAACGCAGAAGAGAAAGCGGAAAACGCGGGCGAACCCGAGAACGAUCAAAUGCAGAAGCAGGCGGAAGCAGCCAACAAGGGUGCUCCAAUCAAAGCUCAGGAAGAGCCUGUAUCUGCCACGAAGGAGAGCACCGAAAAACGUCCCAGCGAGGAAACUGCGCCACAAGCCCCUUCUCCUAAGCGCCUCCGUGUUGGUAGUCCUGGCCGCAUCGCACUGCAAGAACAAAAGGUUGAGGCCGCAGCCUCUUCCGCGAAACCUGCACCGGCACCAGCUGUCGCCAGUUAUGGGGGCAAUGACGCUGAAGAGGAGGACGAUGAAGACAUGGAGAUACCUACUUUGGUCAUGGAUGAUGAUGAGGAGGACAGUGAUAACGAAUAG